UUGGCCUGCGGCAAAAAGAUGAACGAAGAGGGCGGGACGUUUUGAAACAGAAAGAGGGGAGGCAGGCGGCACAGGUUAAAAGUCAUACUCGAGAGCAUGCGUGCGCUCGUGUGCGUGUACGUGCGAACAUGACAAGGUCAAUCGUGACGAAGCUUCUCGUCCUCGUGGUCUUCAUCUUCAUCAUCUGCCUCCCAGAUUUUUUCGCUUCAUACGGAGUGUCCAAAGUCAGCCUUGUCUGUUUGCCGUGUGAACGGGACAAGCGAGCGAGGAAGAGGGAGAACUGGCGUGGGAGUGCAGAGGCCGAGGUGAGAAGAAAAACGUCAUGUGACCCGCCUCUCAUCCCAGGAGGGGAGCGAUGGCGUGAGACGUGUGAUGAGAGAGAAGGUGACAGCAGCCCUACGACAAAGGAUGCGAGGAGCGAAGACCCACACCUAAGAUGGUACAUGUGUGAAACACAAGGGAGUGCGACGGAAUUGCAGAGUAACAACUCCUAUUCAGUGUUGCCACAGCUCAGUGACCUGGAGGUGUCAGUGAAGUUUGAACUUGGAGAUGCUAACUUCCUGAAGCUCACCUUAUAUGGCCACAGUAAUUCCAGCUCCCUGCAUCUUCAACCAGCUGACGAGGAGACGGAUGAUGAUGGAGGUCACAGUGCGGCAUCUUAUUGCUGUGGGCCAGUCCAUCCCACUUUGGAGACAAUCAAUCACAUCGUUUGUCUGCUGAGACUCUCAAACGACACCCUCUCUUCUGUCGCAGAAAAUAAGAAGUUUCAAAAGACACAAGAAGAUGAGUGGGGUGCUGUGUUCAGGAUCCUCUGGCUGGUUCUCUUGUGUGCGGUAUUGCUGACUUUGACCUCAGCUUUCCUCAGACGAAUGAAGCGCAGCGGACGCUGUUGCAGGAAAGUACAUCUUCUUGAUUAUGGCUUCCAUGGGCAGCAGUUGACAGGGAGAAACCUUCAUAAUUACGAGCCUCGCCCAACAUGGUCAGGAUUAACAUCUAUUGAAGAGGUCGAAGUAGCUGAUGAUGCAGAAAUUGUACUGGAUGGAAAUGUGGACCACUGUUAUGUGACUGGUAAACUGCAUGGGUUUUCUCCGGCCAAUCUUCAUCACUGUCCAACAGUGACUUUCCCUCACGGAGGAGCUGAGCCGGUGAUGGACAGGACACAGCUUUAGGCUCUCAAAGAAAAAUGAACAUGACAUCAUCAUCAUCAUCAUCAUUCGUCCACGACUUUAAUGUGAAAAAAAAAAAAAGAUCUGGGAUGCAAGUGAGGUUUAAAGUGACUUCAUUUUCAAAUGCUCAUAAACAUGACACUGCAAAGUAUCCGGACGUAACCGAUCAUCUUUCCUAGACUGUAUGGCUACAGAAACUCUUGUUUUUAAUGGAUCACUCAAAGGGUUGAUGCCGCAGCGGAUGGUUUAAAAGGCAACAUUUGGCAGGACAGUAAAAAUGUGUGGAACAACAACAACAACACAAAUAAGAAUAACAAAAAGUCUGAGCACAUACCUGAUCAGAGCAUUUAUUUCAUAGCUACGCAUGCCAUUUGCAUUGGAUCCUGGUAGGGUGAAUGUUGGGGAAAUACAUUUCGUUCAAGGCGAUAUAAUUGGAGCUGUUAGAUGUCAAUAUAA